CAUCUCGCGACCAUGCGUCCCUCCAAUUCCUGCCAGUGCCCAACUCCAAAUCCCACCAGCGCCCGCCAGAGCGCAUCCACUCCUAAACCUCCAGAUUCAUGACGCUGACGCUACGAUAAUAAUCCCACCGCCCAUCCCUCCGCAUCCCAAGUCGCAUAUCGCGGGUAUUCCCAGAGGAUCUCCACCACAUAACAUCACAUCAUGGACACUGCUGCUGCACAUGCGACUCCUGCCAGCGCCGACGACCAUGCCGGGUACAUGCAGUAUGCGCUCAACCUCGCCCGCAAAUCCCCGCCCAAGCCCACCAACUAUCGAGUCGGCGCCGUCCUGCUGGAUGCGAAGGCGAAUGCCGUCCUCGCCACGGGCUACACGCUCGAAUGCGAGGGCAAUACGCAUGCGGAGCAAUGCUGCUUCAUCAAGCUGGCAGAGCAGCACCAGGUGGCGGAAGAGCGUUUGGCCGACGUCUUGCCCGAGGAGACCGUCUUGUACACCACGGUAGAGCCGUGCUUCAAAAGGCUGAGCGGGAACCUACCGUGUGUCGAGAGAAUCCUGAGGCUUGGGAAGGCUAUCAAGACGGUUUAUGUUGGUGUCAAGGAGCCGGAAAAGUUUGUGGGUGAGAAUACCGGGAGGAAAAUGCUGGAAGAUGCUGGUAUAAAGGUGGUUCUAGUGCAGGGCAUGGAGAAGGAGAUUUUGGACGUGGCUACGGCUGGGCAUCUUCCCUGAAGAACGUGCCUUUACUCGUUGAUUCCGCAAGGAUAUCCAGCGGUAUUGUAUGCGAAGUGUCGGGAACCCGUCUUAGCGGAAGGGGAGUUGACGACGAUGCCUCGGGGCAGAAUAUUUCCCUGAAGGCUCUGUCUUCGAUACCUAAUCACCUGGGACAUAUCAGACGUUCGCAGAUUGGGUCCUCGAGGCUGGCAGUCAUUGGCAGACGUGUUAAGAUGGAUUGAUUUCAUCAAAUCUACUGCCACGGGUCUGACAAUAGAAUCAGUAAGAUAUCUAAAAGACGGAAAGAUCCAAGUCUCAAAGCAUAUAUACCCCUUUCUCCUAUCUUUACCUGCCUUCCCCCUCUUCUUCAAGUCAUGUGAUGUAUAUUCGCAUUACAUGUAUGUAAUAGGGAGAGAAAUAGAUGAUCCAUUGCUUGUGGAUCAAUCCGAGGUCGCUUU